AUGUCGAUGGCGACAAGCGCGGAGAGCAACAAGAAACGGAAAAAUGAAGAUAAUGACAAGCAAGAAGAAGUAAUAGCUUAUGUUAAUAACGAACAGCAGGAUGAAGAUAAUAAUUAUCAGCCAGAACAACAAGAUGCUUCUGAGCCAUCUCCCCUCAAAAAAGACUUUUGUGGUCUUACAUCCGAUUUUGACGGCGCUUUCAAGGCCAAAAAAACACGAAAAAAAUCUCAAACCGAAUUUUUCGGAGAAAUUUGCUUUUUUAGUAAACUAAGACAUAGUUCAAAAAUCGGCUUCCAUCAGUCCAUGCAGUUAGGUGUCUAG